AUGGGCUCCACGGCCAAGCCCAUCCUCAUUAGCGGCGCCGGCGUCGUGGGCCUGACCCUCGCCCACGGCCUGAAGCAGGCGGGCAUCCCCUUUGAAAUCUACGAGCGCGACCGGGACGUCGACGCCCGCCUCCACGGCUGGGCCAUCACCCUCCACUGGGCCCUGCCCUACCUGCGCCAGAUUCUCGACGACGCGACCCUCGCCGCGGUCGACGAGGUCCAGGUCGAUCCCGAGGUCGGCCGCAACGACAACGGCAACUUCCUCUUCCUCAACCUCGACACGCUCGACGCCAAGUUUCGCAUCCCCCCCAACGAGCGGCGUCGCGUCAACCGCGAGAAGCUGCGCAAGGUCCUGCUGCGCGGCGUCGCGAGCCACGUCCGCUGGGGGAAGCGUCUCUCGGACGUGCGGCCGCUCGACGGCGCCAUCAGGGCCGUCUUUGAGGACGGGACGACGGCCGAAGGCAGUCUCCUCGUCGGUGCCGAGGGCUCCAAUUCGCCGACGAGAAAGUUUCUCGUCCCCGACGCCUAUCAUAACUACCAGCUCCCCGUCCGCCUGCUGGGCGUCUCCCUCGACCUGACGCCGGCCGAGGCCCAACCUCUGCGGGACAUCGACCCCUUGCUCUUCCAAGGAUGCCACCCCGAGACGGGCAACUACCUGUGGAUCUCGCUGCUCGAGACGCCCGAGACCAACGGCUCGGCCGGCACGCCCCUCGAGCGCUUCCGCAUCCAGGUCAUCAUCUCGUGGCUCUUCAAGGACGCCACCGAUGAGGUGCCCGCCGGGGACGAGGCCCGCGUUGUCGAGAUGAAACGCCGCGCGGCCGAGUUCAAUCCCGUCCUGCGCCGCGUCGUCGACUCCAUCCCGGCCUCGUCGGCCGUCAUGGACAUUGCGCUGCAGGACUGGCCGUGCCAGCCGUGGGACAACCGCCAAGGCCGCGUGACGCUCGUCGGAGACGCCGCCCACGCCAUGACCAUGUAUCGCGGCGAAGCCGCCAACCACGGUCUCCUCGACGCCUUCCACCUCCUUCGGGAACUUCGGGCGCUGCACGCUGGCAGCAAGACGGCGGAGCAGGCCAUCGGCGAUUACGAGGCCGAGAUGAGGGGCCGCGCCGUGCCGGCAGUGCUUCUGAGUCGACAAGCGUGCCUCGAUGCCCACGAUUUUCAUGGACUGAACGAGAACUCGGCCGUGUUGAAAAGGAGAGCGAUUCCCACCAAGUGA